AUGUCACGGCUCACGUCCAAUCACUUUAUCGAAGGCGUGAUGGCUUGGAAAUACUCACAGGGUCUGACGGAUGGAAUGGAUUACCUGGUCCAAUACUACAGUCUGCGCGGGUUCACCAAAAAUGACGUGGUGAUCUCAACCAUAAACACCAAUAACUUUUAUCCGACUCUCCUAGCGCAGCUCUCUCAAGACUGUGCAGUCUUCCCCCCAUCAUAUCAACUCCAAGUAUAUGGCUCGGAACCUACUAAUAGAAUAGAAUCUCCUAUAAGAAUUCUGUUUCGCAAAACGGCUUACCUGGCAUACCAGCUCAUACGGCCGUGGCGCGGCUGCUUUCACUCGCACCUGGAGCUUGAGGCCAUAUUUUGGGCCCAGUACCGGCACCUUUUGGUAUGA